CUUACCUUACCUUACCAUACUUGCAAACAAACACAACAACAACAACAAAUAGCAUAAGAUAUAAGCUACCGAACCAACAAAACUAACCACUAUUAGUUAUUUUAUAAUAACACACCACCAUUCUUCUUCUUCUUGUUUCUCUCCUCUCUCUACAAAGAAUAAAACCAUAUUCAUUAUUAUGCCCAGUUCUUUUGCAUAUUGAAGUGAAGAAAUACACUUGAAGAGAAUUAUUAUUUAUAUUAAAUAAAUAAAAGAAUGACGUGGAAAAGUAGAGGUGAGUUUCCUUCUAGAAGCUUCGUAUCGCAGAAAUGGACGCUUUUUCUCUGUCUCGGUAGUUUCUGUGCUGGAAUGCUCUUCACUAACAGGAUAUGGAGUAUUCCAGAACAAAAUGGACUUGCGAGACCAACAGCUGCAGAAACUGGUAAAAUGGAUGUAGUUUCAGAGGGUUGUAAUUCCAGAAUUUUGCAAGAGAUGGAAAUGAGGCGCGAAAAUAGAGAUAUGUAUGGCGAAGACUUCAAGGGUCAUAAUUCUAUACAAGCUUUGGAUAAAACUAUUUCAAGUUUAGAGAUGGACUUGGCUACUGCAAGGGCUGUUCAAGAGUCGGUAAGGAGUGGUGCUCCUGUUUCAGAUGAUAUAAGGACGAAUGAAUCGUCGGGUAAGAGAAAGUACCUUAUGGUAGUAGGUAUUAAUACUGCAUUUAGCAGCAGGAAAAGAAGGGACUCGGUUCGGGCUACCUGGAUGCCACAAGGUGACAAAAGAAAGAAGCUAGAGGAAGAGAAAGGCAUUGUCAUGCGCUUUGUUAUUGGACACAGUGCUACAUCAGGAGGUAUCCUAGACAGAGCUAUUGAAGCAGAGGACAGAAAGCACGGAGAUUUCUUGAGGCUGAACCAUGUUGAAGGAUACCUUGAAUUGUCAGCAAAGACCAAGACAUAUUUUGCCACUGCUGUGAGCUUAUGGGAUGCCGACUUCUACGUCAAAGUUGAUGACGAUGUUCAUGUAAAUAUAGCUACAUUGGGAGAAACUCUAGUUAGACACCGAUCGAAACAACGGAUAUACAUUGGAUGCAUGAAAUCUGGACCUGUCCUGUCUCAAAAAGGGGUAAGGUACCAUGAACCCGAACAUUGGAAGUUUGGCGAGUCGGGAAACAAGUAUUUCCGCCAUGCCACAGGGCAGUUGUAUGCUAUUUCAAACGAUUUGGCAACAUACAUAUCGAACAACCAUAAUGUUCUUCACAAGUAUGCCAAUGAGGACGUGUCAAUAGGAGCUUGGUUUAUUGGACUUGAUGUCGAGCAUAUCGAUGAUCGAAGACUUUGCUGUGGCACUCCUCCAGAUUGUGAAUGGAAGGCGCAAGCAGGCAACAUUUGCGUCGCUUCAUUUGAUUGGAGCUGCAGCGGUAUAUGUAGGUCUGCCGACAGGAUAAAAGAAGUACAUAGAAGGUGCGGUGAAGGUGAAAAUGCUUUGUGGAGUGCCUCUUUCUAGCAGGAGUUCUUCCUAACUCAGGAAGAUUAUUACUACCACGGGCCAUGACUAAAUGACUAAGGAAUCAAUCAAUCGAUCCUGCAAAAAAUUUCUUUUUCAUUUUUUAUAUAAUUUUGUCGAGUAUAUAUAGAGAAAUACAGUGUUAUUAUACACGAGAAAUUAAGGUGGAGUAAGAGAGUGUGAAAGAGAGAAUGCUUGCUCCAUGGAUUUUCUACAUUUUAAGAAGAGAUUGUCCAUAUAGUUGAAGCUAGAAGAGGACACACAAGAUAAUAAGUACACAUUCAUUCUUUGAUGCUUGAAUGGCCAUUCUGUUUGUUAAUAUAUUUCCAUGGCUAUCAAGUUUCUAAUAAACAUAAUUUGGUGGCUGUUGCUGCCUUUCCUUUUGCCUGUAA